UUGAUGCUAGUGUCCUCUUGCUUUGCUCGAGAAUCAUGAAAUAUGUUAAUCACCAAAAUCGAAAAAAAAAAGUUGAACACAUGCUUAUGGGGAAGUGAGAAUUGAGUUGGAUUCCACCACACUGAUUAAACUUUCAUUAUUUGUGGAUUCUCAGUUUCUCUUUCUCUCUCUGCCAUCACCGGAAGAGAUCAUUUCGCGAUGGCAGCUUAUGGUGCUGCCAUUUCCCUCAAGAAUACGACUCAGCGUAUUCUACAAUCAUCUCGCAUUUCGGUGGUUCCUCCAUCUCCAGAAAUCUUACAACCGGCCUAUGAUGCCAUGGCUCGGUUGCAGGAAGUUGUGCUAAAAUUGGACGAGACGGGCUACAGCAAGAUGAGGACGAAGGUGAAUGCUUUGGAUGACCGAAUCAAAGAGGUCAUAUGGGAAUUCGAAGAUUUACUCGAAUCCCAUUACACCAAUCAGAUUCUUCCACAGCUCGAAAGCUCAGGAGAUCACAUGGCAGCUUUCUCUGUGGAUUUGCAGAGUCUGCGACACAGUGUUGAUUGCUUCGUCGAUAGGGUGACAGUGAUGGAGGUGGAGUAUGAUGAUGUGCUACUGAACAUGCCCGAAGAAGAAGGUGAACCUAUUUCCUCAAGAAUUGAUUUCGGUGGAAUCAACUCACAGAUGCUUGGAUUAUGUGAAGAAUUUGAACAAGCCAGACAGCAUCUUCUUGAAGGGAAUUCGUUGGCAGUUGUUGGGAUGGCAGGGGUUGGAAAGACAAGUCUGGCUAAGAAAGUAUUUGACGAUCCAUUGAUUCAGGGGCAUUUCGAGCUUCGAGCAUGGGUCAAAGUGGGCAGAAAAUGUGAAUCCAGUGAAAUAUUGCGAUGCAUUCUAGCGCAACUGGAUCCCAACACUCACAACCAAAUGCUUACCCAAAGAGACGACGAUGAUGAUGUCGCGAAAUUAGUUGGACUCUUGAAAGAGAGGCUGAAGGAUACGAAAUGUCUGAUUGUGUUGGAUGAUGUAUGGAAAUUGGACACGAUGGCAAUUGAUAAUUUGCCAAGAGAGAUUGUUCAAAUCUUGCUUACAAGUAGGCUUGGAAUUAAGGAAUAUCCAAAUCUACGAGUACGCUUGUUGAAUCUAGAAGAAAGUAUGAAACUACUUGGUAGAGAGGUGUUCGGUGAAAAAGGUUUCCCUCCUCACCUUGAGAAAUUGGGAAAGAAGAUUGCCAAAAGAUGUGAAGGUCUUCCACUUGUGAUAAUCACAAUUGCACAGAUUCUAUCCAAAGAAGACAAGACCUUAGAAUACUGGACAGAAGUUGCCGAAAAACAACAUAGUUCAGCCUUCGUGGAUGCAUAUGAUCAAAUAUUAGAGGUACUUUUUCCGAGCUAUGACUACUUACCUCAAUAUUUGAAAAUGCUUUUUCUCUAUAUGGGAGUUUUCCCUCCAUAUGGUAAUAUUGAAAGAGAGUACCUCUUCCAUCGGUUGAGUGCCGAAGGUUUUCUUGAACCAAGUGGAAAACAAACUUUGAAAGAUUUUAUGGAUGAAGAAACUUUAGAAUCUUAUAUGGUUGAAUGCUCGGUAGGUCUUGUUAUCCAUUACAAUCUUGUUCUCUUGGAACUUAGUCCAGAGGAAUCUUGGUUCUCAACGAAAGAGUUUCGUGUGCAUUCUUGUUGGCAGCACUUGUGUAGGAAAGAAGCCAGUAAGAUCAAGUUUUUUCAUGUUUUACAAAGUUGGGAUGAUGUUGUGAAAGACCAACGUCGGUUGUGUGUCCAUAGCAACACUUUAUUUGCCUUCAAACAAGUGUGCGAUACAAUAAAAAGUGAUUGUGCAUCCACUGUUCGUUCUCUUCUUUGCUUGGGUCCUUACUACCAAUAUCCGGUGCCAAUACAUGACAUGGAUUUCAAGUUGCUCAGGGUACUAGAUGCUUUUAAGGUUCGAUUUUACCAUAUCCCUCGUAAAAUUCUAAAACUAGUUUGCCUAAAGUACCUUGCCCUAACUUGCAAUGAAGAGAUCCCUAUUUUCAUAUCCAAACUUCUUCACCUUCAAUUUUUGAUUAUCGGCCGACAUAUGAACAUUCAAAGGCGUGGAGUUCUAUCAUAUAUGCCGAGGCAAAUAUGGGACAUGCAAGAAUUGCAACAUAUUAAGGUUAUGGGAAAAGACUUACCAACCCCUAAUUCUUCUGAUGCUUGUUUGGGUAAACUCUCCAAUCUUGUUGGUGUGAGUGCAAAGAGUUGCACUAGAGAAAUCCUCAAAAGAAUCCCUAAUUUAAAGAAUUUAGUAAUUGUCAUGGAGUUGAAGCCUUAUGAUGAUGACGACGAUAGUAACACAUUGAGUCGCUUUGGUUACAUUUCAGAAGAACUCCGGAAUUUGGUCACACUUUCAUAUACUGUCUUGAAUCCUGACAUGAAGCAUGGGUUUAUGGUUCCCCUUUCAAUGUUCCCAUCAAGUUUGACAAGGUUGGAACUGAGUGGCUUAGGGUGUCCAUGGAAGCACACGAAUGACAUUGGUAGGCUACUACCAAAUCUUAAGAUUCUCAAAUUACAACAAUAUGCCUUUCAAGGCCAAGAGUGGGAUAUAGAAUUAGGCUGUUUUUUUAAACUUGAGACACUUAUAAUUGGGGACACCGAUUUGGUGCGAUGGAGACCUCAACAUGGGAGCCUCCCAAGGCUUGAGCUCCUAAGCAUGCGACAUUGCUAUAAACUACAACAACUUGAUUGGACGCGUGAUGCCUCAAUGGUCAUAACACCUACAAUUGAAUUAAUUGACUGCAGUCUCGUAGUUGUUGUAAAUGCCAUGCAGUUGCCGGAAUCUCUGUUUCAAGUUCAUUUCCAUUGUUCAUUGUUGUGAGAUGAAAAAAAAUGCAGUUGGACUGUCAGCUUGGUUAAGAGGCAAAUAAGAGAGCAGACGCUGUGCUAUCCCAUCAUUUCAAGUGUAUUGUCAUGUUGUUUCCUGAAUCUAAGUAUUUAUUGUGAUUUGCUGGAUUUGGUUGAGGAUUAUGAAAGCUUGAAUUAUGUUUGUAGCCAAAACUGUUAUCAGUUAGAUUUUCGUGUGAAAAUAUUACGAGCUUUUUUCCCUAA